AUGCAGCUGUUUCUCACGCAGAUGGAACGUGUGACGCAAGAUCCUCGUUGUCCUGUGGAAGUGAUUCAAAAGUCUGGAGAGUUUACUUUAACCUAUAAUUAUUCAAUCCCUUCAAUCGCGUCGUUAUCCUCCCUGGAUUUAACUCUUUUGGCAUCAACAUCUGUCUCCAUAUCUCCAGAAGAUUCUGCUCCAUUUGGCGUUUUUUCGACUUCUUUGUCAGGUUUUCACUCUCGGCAUGUUUCUGGUGUUUCGGUGUUUAGUCCAACAGCAAGUCGUUCAUCUAGCCGAUCGACGUCCGGAAUGAAUCGUGUGCGUGUUAGCAGCACGGCAUCUCUAAAGAGCCAUUCAAGUGAUUUUAGGGAUGGAGGAGACCAAGAUACGAAUGAGAGUGAACGGACUGGAACACCUUUUUUGUUGGAUUCUCCGAUGAAAUAGUUGUGAACAGUUUUGUGUGUGU